CCAUAGUUUGGUAACUGGUAACUAGCAUGGCAUCUCUCAUACAAAGUGAUUUCACACAAUUGGAACGCUCUCGUGCAAUAUGUUCUCCUCAGUGUCUCCAGCAGUGGCCUUGUGCUCGGUCGAUCCAACAUCGUCCCAGCGCUCUUGCGAGAAACAAAGAGAAAUCCUGCUCCGAUGUAGGAUGAAAGCGCCUGAAUUUGAUAAAGGACAGGACACUGGGCCGAAAUGAUUCAACCAUACCUACAUCAGAUGGAAUCUCACCUGCCUGAUCCCCACUGCCUCAAUAAAUGGUUAGCCAAAUAGACAGGCCGUUGAUAACCUAGGACAUUGUUGUCGCUAUGGUGAAGUACUCGGUGAAAGAGACGUCUGGCGCACGUGGCCAUUUUGUGCCGGUACUCUUUCAUGGAUGCACUAGAAUUGCCCAUGUAUCCGAACGUGAUGAAUCUUCUUCACAAAUUGACCCUGCGACUUCCUGGACCACCAGAGCUCUUAAACCACCACUUAUUGGAACAGCUGCAGACAGAGGCUCUUUGGAAAGAACUCAACGUCGGCUCUUGGUCUGAAGCAAUGUCAAGCGCGUCAGACAACAAGUCCGUGGGACAGCCCGAGAGCCAGCGUCAAACUCUGAAUCAGUCCCACGCGUAUGUGUCACACAAUUCUUCGUCCUUGAAAGAUUCAAAGGUCUUGUGGCCCUCCGAAGGGUCUCGCGUCCACUCGAUCGACCUGCAGAAUGAGGAAUUGGUAGCAGUAACUCGCUCUCUGGGUGCUGCUUUUGGAGGUAGAAACGCUGAAGAAGUCCUUGCUGGCUUUUGCCAGAAGAUAUUCCUUUUAUACCAGACAGACACCAAAGCCUUGGGUAUCGCGAGUGUCAUUGCAGAACAGCUGUUCAAAAGUACCAACGACAAAGGAUCAUUUGCCCGAGAAACGAUGCCCUUGGGCAUCCAAGGAGUCCAAGAACUGAAUUGGACCGUUCAAAAUGAAGAGCUGGCCUCUCUUCGACAAGAAUACCAAAAAAGGGUCGUUGAAAACACCGAACGUGUGACACCCUUCUCCACCAGGGAUGCAAGUGGAAACGAGAUCCUCUUCGCAGGGCCGCAAGAGGAGACACUUAUCAUAAUCGACAAGACGUUGCUUUCAGCAGGUCUCGUCAAAUACCGCCAUCAUACCUUUGACAUAGGCCUGGGCCGAGCCAAAUGUUCGUGGCAGGUGUUUGUCAAAAUCAACCACCGAGAUUUCGUGCGCUCGUGGUUUCGAUCAAGUGUUGCUCCAGUUCACGAUAUGGCUGUAGCUGUCAUGACGGCGAUGCGAAUCUUCUCGGAAGCUCGCCGCUUCAUCAAUGAACCUGGCAGGCGAACAGAGGCAGUCGUUCUUGUGGAAACCAUCAGGCGAGGCCAAUUUUACACGAAUUCGAACGUUGUCGAUGAAGGAACUGCCGCAGCCCCGGAAACGCUCGCCCCUAGUGAUCGCGACGUCUCGGCGGAAGAUGGCAGUGAACAUAAUAUUUCUGCCGGUCCAGGGUCUCGUUCACACCUAGAUAACCCUCAUUCACGGCCAUCCCCCUCUUCGUCUUCUUCAUCACCUUCAAGCUCUCCUUCUGCAAGCACAAUGACCAAACCGUCGAUACCAGAGCCCGCGGCGAAUGUGCAGGCAACUUCCACAAAGAAGGGCAAGAAGAAGAGACCGACCAAAAAGAAACCGCACAAAAAAACGGUUGCACAGGACAAGACAUCAUCGAAUGAGGCAGCCCAACCUUCAGGGGACAACAGCUUCUCUAGCAUUGUGGACAACAUGGCUGAUGUUACACUCUCCGGACCGCCCACAAAUCCAUCAUCAGCCCCUGCCCUGCCCUUGCCCGCUGUUAACCCUGGUGGAGACAAUCCCGCGAAUACUUUGAGCGCAGCACCGUCGACGAAGCGGAAGCAGAAGGGCAAGCGCGGGAAAUCCAGUAAGACUCGUACAGCCGUGGAGCUGGACCAAGAUUCUGAUGGCACUGCUUCUCGACAUUCGAGUGAUUCUGACCGGACGGUAACUCAAGCAGAUUUCUCGAAUAAAGAUGUUGCCAUCAGCUCUUCUGACAAAAGUCAACAAGACAACGAACAAGGAGAAGGAGGCGGUGCAGUUGUGGUUGGGAAGACCGAAGAACAUACACAGAAGAAGGAACAUGAAAACUGCAAGACUACUUCAGAGAAUCAGACAACCACUUCGACCAACGAGGGUUUGGAACGUUGCGAGCGUCCCCAAUCUGGUGAUCAAGAGCCCCAACCCCCUUCUGCUGGAUUCAAAUUCGACAGCUUUGAUCCGCGUUUGAGGUGUUUGAAACCCGACUGCCGUAACAUGACCAGUUGCUGGGAUUGCGCCGUGGUUAUCUGCCCCGCCUGUGGGACUGACAGCUUCAGCCGCUACUGCAGAAAGCAGCACUUGUACGACGACAUUCAACGCCACUGGGCUAUGGAAUGUGGCAGGAACAAGAUCAACGGACCAAUAGAUAGAGAUACCAUUCGCCCUAGGCAACUCCCCAAGCGACCCUACAUCUUUGGCCGAUACCAUGACAUUGUCGAGCGUCACAGACAGGCAGUGUACCGUGCCAUGGAAGACUCUGACUAUUUCAUCUUCAACGACGUCGAGAUGCUUGAUGGAAGCAUCGUGCAUCCGACACAAGAGCAAUGGAAUUCGGUGCGCGGAACUGGCCAGACAGUAUUGCAAAUCGUCUUCCCGAACGACAUGACGCCGCAGUCCGACAGACUGGUUUUCAAUUACCACAUUGAUCGCAUCUUGUCGCUGGGCAAGCCAUUGGCUGAGGACAGCUGUAUGAGGGCGAUGGAGAUGAUUCGCUCGGCGCUAGUCAUGUCAGGGAGCUGGACGGAGGAGGUAUUGACCUACCUGUGCAUGCAACUGACAGGUGAAUGGGGCAAUUUCAAGGUGCCAGAGCCCUUUUACAAUGUGAACGAGGUGAACGCAGUGUGGCAACUGCACCACGUGGUGCUCACGGCGUGAGCGCCGACGGCAGGAUGAGGAAGAGGGUUUCCUGAGUUGUACGAUAGAAUCUUGAGCUGGAUUGGAAAGGGGCC